CUCAUACCGACAUUCCCUCCCAAAUGCCUUCAUCCUCUUCCUCCUUUUGAGGGCUCUGCCCCUCCAGAGCCAUGCAGACAGACGCCGUGCACGCCUAGUCCCGUCUCCGACUCCCGCGUUCACAUACGUAUGUACCGACCCGCUCUUCUUGGCUCUCGAGCGCCGCCCCGACCAUGGCCGGAACCCUCCCUCCAUUGUUCUCCAUCACCGACGACGACCACGCCGGAUAUGUUGCCGUCGCCGACUACACCUUCCUGCUGUUGAUGGUGUUCCUCGUCGCUACGCGCAUCUUCACCCGCUGGUAUAUCGUGCGGUAUAUCAAGGCCGACGAUGCCUUGCUUUUCGUGGCUGCGCUCGUCGGCAUAGCGCAGAGCAUUAUUGUCCAAUUUGCAAUAAACCAUGGGCUCGGCCGGAGGGGACAUACCCUAUCGCAUCACGACUUCGUUUUGUUCCAGAAGUACGAAUAUGCGGCACAGAUACUUCUCGUCGUCUGCAUAGCACUCGCAAAGCUGUCUCUAUCCGCCCUCAUCCACAGUCUGGUAACCGAGAAAUAUACCCUGUAUGCAAGUCGAAGUCUGCUGGCAAUUGUCAUGGCGUGGGCCUUUGCAUCAAUCCUGGCAUUGGCAUUUCAGUGCCCACUGCCAUCUCCUUGGAGAGAUGCUCCGCACUGUGUCGAUCAGGCUGCUCUUCACUACGCAAUUGGUGCCCUUAAUAUUGCCACCGAUGUGGCUCUCACAAUACUCCCCUGCGUGGCAUUUUGGAGAGUGCCUGACCGAAAGAGGCGUUUCCAGGUCGUGUCCUUGUUCUCAAUAAGAAUAUGUGCCAUUGUGGUAACGGCAAUGCAGCUUUCUCACGUUGGCCCAUUAUUUAAGAAGGGCGCCGACAAGACAUGGGAAAGCAUCAAUACUUCCAUAUGGGACCAAGUCAUGAUGAAUGUCAGCAUCUUUUGCACCGCUAUUCCUUCCCUUGGUCGCCUCAUUGUGGACCUCCAACCCGAGAUCAAUGCCUUCGCCAUCACCGAGCGACAUGGGUCGAGUAAUAAGACAGGUGAUCAAUACGCCCUCCCGAGCGUCCUUGGCCACCGCUUCAAACUGAGCAACCGUGGCGUUCACAUGUCGGUACUAGGAAGGCCUAUAAGUCGCGACGAAACUGAAAGUAUGCAGGGGCUAAGGGAGGACGGAUUAAGACAAGACGGAAUUCAGCAGACGGUUGGAUUCGAGGUCAAAUAUUCCCCGGUUCCCUGGGCACGCUGAAUAAUGGAAGAAGCAAUCGAAUUGCUAUGAUCAUCAACAUCCAAGAGCGAACGAGGCCUCGCUCUAAAGGAGAGCCAAAAACCCCGAGGGCAGCAGACGUCGCAAGGUUCCAACACAUAUCGGGAGAUUUCAACUACUGCCCCACGGCUAGGGUAUCCUUCCGCGGAGCAAGACUAUGGGAAGGAAGCACGACUCAGGCGGAUUUACGCAUCCGAAACCAAGGAGCGAAAGAGAGCUGGAUAGAGUUUGCUUGCCUGCAUCC